AUGGGUGUCUCUCUUAGAAAAGCAGAUUCAUUUUUCCCUUAUUUACUUUUAGAAUCUUCAACAUCAACAACAUCAAGGUCUACAACUACUCCUUAUAGUAGUACUACUACAACUACCACUCCACAUACACCAACAGAAACUACAUCAUCAUCACCAACAACUAAAAUAACUUCCACAACUACUACCACUACAACGACUACACCAACAACAGAAUCUUCAACAUCAACAACAUCAAGGUCUACAACUACUCCUUAUAGUAGUACUACUACAACUACCACUCCACAUACACCAACAGAAACUACAUCAUCAUCACCAACAACUAAAAUAACUUCCACAACUACUACCACUACAACGACUACACCAACAACAGAAUCUUCAACAUCAACAACAUCAAGGUCUACAACUACUCCUUAUAGUAGUACUACUACAACUACCACUCCACAUACACCAACAGAAACUACAUCAUCAUCACCAACAACUAAAAUAACUUCCACAACUACUACCACUACAACGACUACACCAACAACAGAAUCUUCAACAUCAACAACAUCAAGGUCUACAACUACUCCUUAUAGUAGUACUACUACAACUACCACUCCACAUACACCAACAGAAACUACAUCAUCAUCACCAACAACUAAAAUAACUUCCACAACUACUACCACUACAACGACUACACCAACAACAGAAUCUUCAACAUCAACAACAUCAAGGUCUACAACUACUCCUUAUAGUAGUACUACUACAACUACCACUCCACAUACACCAACAGAAACUACAUCAUCAUCACCAACAACUAAAAUAACUUCCACAACUACUACCACUACAACGACUACACCAACAACAGAAUCUUCAACAUCAACAACAUCAAGGUCUACAACUACUCCUUAUAGUAGUACUACUACAACUACCACUCCACAUACACCAACAGAAACUACAUCAUCAUCACCAACAACUAAAAUAACUUCCACAACUACUACCACUACAACGACUACACCAACAACAGAAUCUUCAACAUCAACAACAUCAAGGUCUACAACUACUCCUUAUAGUAGUACUACUACAACUACCACUCCACAUACACCAACAGAAACUACAUCAUCAUCACCAACAACUAAAAUAACUUCCACAACUACUACCACUACAACGACUACACCAACAACAGAAUCUUCAACAUCAACAACAUCAAGGUCUACAACUACUCCUUAUAGUAGUACUACUACAACUACCACUCCACAUACACCAACAGGUAUUGAGAUAAUUUUAAACAUUUAA